AUGCCCGCGGUUUCAGCCCUGCUCCUCCGCGCCUGCCAGGUCCCCGCGGCCGCCUCGCCCCCGCCUCCGACCUCCUCCCACGAGGCCGACUCUCUCAUGCCGCCUCCUCGCAGUCUCGCAGCCGGCGACCUCGAUAGCCGUGGCAAAUCAGCGCCACGCGCGUCCUCCGCCGGGUCCCUGUGGCCCUCGUCCACGCCCGCCUCCUGCGCCGACUACGACCACCCGGCCGGCCUGGCCGACUGGUCUCCUGUGUCGCCCCGCGGCCGCCUCCGACCGCGCCAGCUGCGCCUCGGCAUCCGCACCGCCGCCUGUUCCGGCCGCUCCCGGCCCGCGCACGCACCAGGCUCCGGCUUUUCCCUCGUGCCGGCUUGGCUCCGCCUCGCGGGCGCGCCCCGCGCCGACUCCAAGCCUGGCCUGCCGGCUGCGCGGCCCGGCCGCCUGCUGGCUCCGCGCCAGCUCCGAGCCCGGCCUGCCGGCUGCGCGACCCGGCCGCCGGCUAGCUCCACGGCGGCUUGUGCCCGCCACCCGGCCGGCCCUGUCGCCGGCUCCCGCGCCUUGCCGCCUGUUGCUCCGCUCCCGGCACCCCCGCAGCCGGGUCCGCACGCCCGCACGACGGUCCUGCCGGCUCUCUGUUCUGUUUGUUCGUGA